UUGCUAAUAAGACUUGUUAUCAAGCUCCCUCUGCUGUGGGUGUGUGUCCAGCCCCACAGCAGGCCAUCAGGCAGAUUUGACCUUUGUUUUCCUGUUUCCUCCACCUCACUCUGGUCCUCAGACAUUCUGUUCAUUCUGCAUAUUCAGCUCUCUCUACCUUAACUGGUCUUUGUUUUUCAUUCUAAAUGAUGGCGAGACUUUGCAUUUUUUGCUCAACUUUUCUUUUGUCUCUAGCAGGAUUUUCGGAGCCAUCUGAAUCCAGUCUUGAUAAAGUCAUUCCUCAGAGUUACACGUCCAGUGGGGUCUUCCUGCUAAUCGAGGGAGGAGAAUACACCUUGAACUUCACUGCUGCUAGAGAUGCCUGUUUAUCCCUGAACGUAACCAUGGCAACCAAAGCUCAGAUGGAACGGGCAAUCCAGCAUGGACUGGAGACAUGCAAGUAUGGUUGGAUUGCUGAGAUGAUUGCAGUCGUUCCUCGACUUAAAUCUGACAAAUUCUGUGGAAAGGGAAACACCGGCGUGGUGUCGUGGAAUGCACCAUCGCAUAGAAAGUUUGCUGUCUUCUGCUUCAACUCUUCAGUUCUUGAAAACCUGGAGCAACAUGUAAGCACAUCAACAGUGAACUCAAAGUCCGUCACAUCUUCCAGUCGACUGAGAACUCCGUCCACAUCACCUGCUGCCCGUACACUGAGAUCAACACCUCCACCUCCAACUCCGACUGCAGGAUCCCACAGGCAGGCAUCCUCUGCUUCAACUUCUUCUGCUUUGGUUCAAACAACCUCUGGGACGUCUUCCUCUCCUCCUCCUCCUCUCCUCAUCAUGUCAACUUCCAGUGAAGACAGUUUUACCUUCCUCACAUCUGCACAGACUUCUGGUCCCUCACUUUCUUCUGCGUCAGAGCAGCCAAAGUCUAACAUCUUAAUCAAAUAUUUUCCAGCAGUCAUCAUCGCUCUAGUGGGGGUUUUCCUCCUAAUGGCAGCAGGAGCUGUGCAGAUCCACAAAUGGAGAAGGUCUGGCUGGUAUCAACAGCAGAAGGACGAUGAAGAGACGGAAAUGUGGAAGAGCCCCAACAGUGAGAUGGACCUGCAGAGCGAACACGGAGCAGAGCUGGAGCUGGGCGAGGAAGAGCUGCAGCUGCACAGAAAGUUCUCCAGUCAAAUGACACUCUGUGUUAAUCCACAAAGACCAGCAAGCCUCUCAGAGUAACAAACAGUUUCUGCUGUUAUCAAGUUAGUCCAACUGUUUCCUGGUUUGCUCUGUGCACAACCAGCACCACCUUCAUGUCGCGUCUUAAGCUGGCAUUUGCUGCGUGAUGUGAAAAAUUAGUUAGAAACUGAAAAAAAAGGUUCACGAAUAAAAUUUACAUUGUUUGAACUGCAUUGUCGCUAAAAGUCUUCAACUCGCCUCCAUCGUUAACAUUUCUCUAAGAUGUUUACUUGUGAAAAAUCUGCUGCUCAUCAAGAAGUGUGUUUCUCAAGAGGCCAUGGAAAUUCUACUCUGAGGUUUGAAGUGCAUUCUACUGUUCAUUCCUGUCUAGACCCAUAAGUAAAUCAUGCAGUAAACCCUAGGCAUAUAACGCACGAGCUAACGCUACAACUUCCACGCACAUUGAGCUUUGCGUACAGACGGUCUUGUAUUACUUCGUUAACAGUAAAAGUGUGUGGAUGCAUGAGAACAACAUCGUUCAGAGGUUGUUUGUUUACAAGUAUGAAGCUGGCAUUUGCUGCAUGAUGUGAUAAAUUAGUUAGAAACCAAGUGAAAUGGGUGGGACCAACAUGAAUCGAAAGGCGGAGCCUCAGAGGUGGAGUCGUUUUACUUCUGGGUAUUAAAACGGUCCACAAAAAUAACUCAUAUUUCAUAAAUAAUUUGCUUUUUAUUGAUUAAAGGUAAUAUAUGGUCAUAUAUAUGGAUAUAGUUUGCUCUGAAAGAAUUAAGAAAAUUAUGGUAUGGACUCCUUGAAUAGAUUUUUUUUGUUGUUGUUGCCCCUCCACUGGUGUUCCACACGGCUCUGCUCUAAACCCCCUCGUCUUCUCAACAUAAACCCCAUCUCUGACCUGCAUCAUUGACUCAGGGUUUUUCUUGGUAUUUUCCAGGCUAUUGGGCAGCUUUUCCUCUCUUUCAACGACAUGAGAUGACAAUGUAAAAAACUUCUGCUUGUCUACAAACAUCUCUGCUUGGAUGAGAGGAAAAACAUCAUCAGCCUAACCUCUCAAAGACACAAAUCCUGGUUGAACAGCAACAACAUCCUCAUCCCCCUGAGACCUGUAGUGAUAGCCUCGAGUAUUUCAGUAAGAACUUUUACCAUCGUUAUGUACUGUCAUCUCAACCUCUCCUUCACUUUAUUGGCAUUUGUCCUCAUCACUUUUGGAAUUAAACUGCCAUUUUACCUCAUCACCAACCAGUCACAGCUGACGGUCACCCAGACUGAUUUUGUUCGCCUGGAGGUUUCAGCAUGAGUGACUUUUCCUCUCCACUGCAUUGUCUCCUCUGGCUCAUUACACGGAAAAUAACAAAAACCUUUUCAUGUUAAUCUCUUGGUCACUUUUACGAACUAUUAAUAAAAUACAACUACGACUAAUUACAGGUGUUUCGUGUUUCUUGGCUUUUGUGUAGCUCCUUAAGACAACCUCAGUUCUGGCUGGUGUUUUGGAAGUAAAUAAUGCUAAAUUACAAUGACGGUAAAA